AGUUCCGGCUCUUGUCGUCGGUUGAUCAUCAGCCAGAGAAGAGCAAAAACACAACUCAGCGGUUCUUCCCUCGAUUUGUGCUGAAGCAAUUAAAAAUUUCCUUAGAUUUUCUUGAUAAUUCACCGGAGAUUUUGACGUCGAACAAUGUCCGACAUUCAGACGCUAGUUGACAUGGGAUUUCCCAAAGAGAGAGCUGAACGGGCCCUUCAGGUGACCAACAACAAGGGUGUGGAAGCGGCCAUGGAGUGGUUGCUGGCCCAUGCCGACGAGGACAUUCCAUCGAGUAGCGGCUCGUCUUCAUCGGUACAGCAGCAACCACUGUCCGAUGAUACUUCGACGGAAGCAGCCGCCAUCGCCGCCGCCGCUUCCACCGCCAGCGACGACUCCGCCCAAGUGGCCAAGUCGCUCAAGUGCGAUGAGUGCGGAAAACUGUUCAAAUCCCAGGACGAGGUUGAGUUCCAUGCAGCCAAAACGCAGCACAGUAGUUUUUCGGAAUCGACCGAGGAGAAGAAACCGCUGACGGAGGAGGAGAGGAAAGCUCAACUGGCACUGCUGGAGGAGAAGAUGAAGCGGAAACGCCAGGAGCGGGAGGAUAACGACAAGAAGGAGGCACAGGAGCGGGAACGGUUGCGAAUCAAGUCGGGCAAGGAUAUGCUGGAAGCAAAGCGUAAGCUCGAGGAGACCGAAAUGAAGAAAGUAAUGGACCAGCGACGACGCGAAAAAAUGGAGGAGAAAGCGGCCAGGGAUAGGGUGAAGGCGCAAAUCGAAUCGGACAAGGCGGCAAGGAAGGCAAAAAUGUCAGGUGAACCUGCCGCUCCUCCACCUGCACCCGUUGUCGUUACACCUACGGAUGCCCCGAAACCGGCCGUAUCCAAGACCUACACCAAUGCUCGUAUUCAGAUCCGCAUGAUGGACGGUACCACUCUGGUGGAAACCUUCGAUGCCAAGGAACAACUGUCUGCGGUGCGAUUGUUUGUCCAGCUUAAACUGGGCAGCGCUUCGUCCCCGUUCGGCCUGAUGACAAGUUUCCCGAAGAAGGUCUUCACAGGGGAUGACUUCGACAUUUCGCUGGAAAAGCUAGGACUGGUUCCGUCGGCUGUACUGAUCGUUACGAAGACCCCCUGAGAUGAUAAUGCGAUUUGAGGUGAAACGGAAGUUUUGUAUGAGUCGGCGAAGGAUGUGAAGUGUUGGAAAUAAAACAGUGGCAAAUUGGUUCGGAA